GAUAGACGUUUAUCGUGCUCGUGGACGCAGAGAUAAAACUGUUUCCCGUCAUCGAUGCCUUUCUCGCGUAGCGAUUUAGAGUGUGCAUCUUCGUGUGACACAUCACCAAGUUUCGAAUAUUCGUUGUGACCAAAGAAAACAAUAUCGUGCUGAUUUUUCUACGUCGUCUCGUGUGCGACAUAGAUCAUUGAAGCGACGAUACUAUUAUAUGUAUACGUGCACGAGAUCUAAGAUCGGCUGAAACGGUUAAAAAAAAACCUAUCUCGAAAACAUAAUCUCGGUUCAAGAACAAUAUUUUUCCGCAGAGUGAAUUUGCUCGUUGGUAACAUGCCUAAAAAAUUUUUUCCGAAAAAACAAAUGAAAAAAAUUUCUGAACAAGUGAAAAAAGUUUAUCAAAAUGACAUCAAGAACAAGCUUAAUUUAUAUAAGAAACUCGAUAUCAAGAAAAAGAAGUAUUAUGAAAGGAAAGUUAUUCAACAAAUUGAGAAAUUAAGGAAAAUUAGGAUUCGCAUCUUCAUUGCAUAUUCAUCGAGCAAGCAUCCAUGUUUCUUGAGCCAACAAGACCGAUCUAAAUCAGCACCUAAUAUAGUUGAGCCAGAGCCAGAAAAAUUCCUAGUAAUUCCGAGUACUUACAACAUCGGGAAUUGAUGAAGAAAUUGUACAAGUUCGAUUCUAUCUCGGCAAAGAAACUUAAAGACUUUAUGAUACAAGGAUCUUCAGCAAUGUUUCUAUAUCGGAAAAAGACAACGAUGCAACGAGAGGUCCGAGAAAGUUGAUAAAAUUUGAUAAUGUACUGACGGUGCGUCUAUUUAAUACGCAAAGUGUGCAAAUGCAAGAGGGGCUCUCCUUGAAAGAUGCACUGGUCGAAGCCAUGAAACAUUGAGAACUUACCACUGAGAGGUGCGCAAUCUAUGUUAUGAGCACGGAUGGGUCCACGUAUUCUAUAUCAAGAUAUCAUUCGAUAUCUUGGGAUAUAGACAUCUCAUCGUUGAAAUGUGACAAAAUAUUAGUGGAGAUUUUGGAUAAGUUCUCCAUUUCCGCUUGUAACGAUUUGGAAUGUAAUAUCUGUAAGAAAGUUCAUUCUACGUUUUCUUUUAAACGUCCCCGUCUCCGUAUACGUUCGUUUGGUAUACGACCAAGAUCAAAAUCAGUGGACGAAUCUUCAAAGAUUGUCCUAGAGCCAACGAAGCCUGAGUGUUGGAAACUUCCAACGGAUCGUAUUCGAGUAGGGCCACGCAUCGGAUCAGGAUCAUUUGGAUCUGUAUACAAGGGUAGUUACUUCGGACUUGUUGCAAUAAAAAUAUUCAAAGUUAAAAUUAAUACGUUAACAUGGGUACAAUUACAAGUAUUUAAAAAUGAGUUGGACAUUUUAAUGAAUGUUCGACAUCCAAAUGUUUUGCUGUUUACGGGUUAUACGACAAAACCAUUUGCAAUUAUUACAGAAUGGUGCGAAGGCUCAUCUUUGUAUAAACAUUUGUACGUAUUUGAGACCAAGUUUAAAUUACCGACAUUGAUAAAAAUUGCGAAACAGACUACACAAGGCAUGGGCUAUUUGCACGAAAAGAACAUCAUUCAUCGAGACUUGAAGAGCAAUAAUAUAUUCCUGCACGACGAUCUCACCGUUAAAAUUGGCGAUUUUGGUCUAGCAACGGUCAAAACUCAAUGGAGUUGUGGACAAUCUUACCAGCCGAUUGGUUCCACUUUAUGGAUGGCACCAGAGGUGAUCAAGAUGCAAGAAAAACAACCAUAUAGUUUCAAGUCUGACGUUUACGCGUUUGGUAUAGUGCUGUUUGAGUUACUAGCUGGUGAACUACCAUAUUCGCAUGUAAACAAUAAAGAUCAGAUACUGUUUAUGGUAGGAAGCGGCCGUUUACGUCCCGAUUUAAACAAAUUGCGAUCUGAUACGCCGAAGGCACUGAAGAGACUCACGGAGGACUGCAUUAAAUUUUCGCGAAACGAGCGACCAAUAUUUCGUCAAAUUCUAGACAGUUUAGAGAGUAUUCUUUGUGAUUUACCGAAGAUAAUAAGAUCGAAGUCCGAAUCAGAUUUCAAUAGAACACAUGUGCAGCCUGAUUUUCUACGUACUUGUACUACUUCAAAAACUUUAGCGAAUUUUUAAUUUGGAGCAAUUUUAUUUUUCUGUUUUGAAUAUAUAAAUAUUUCGACUGACAUGUUAUCUGAUGCAUUUUGCACGAAGGAAUUAUUUAAAAUAUCGAUUAUAAAACGACGUGAGCUUUAUUCUAUGAACUAAUUACUUAAU